CCCCUGAUCGGGUGUUGCAAGCUUUACCAAAUCUAGCCAAACGAUUGCAAACAUCCUUGAGCAUUGCUUGCGAGCAUAUCUUACGCACUCAUUGUAAAAUCAGAGUGCUAUCUGCAUCAGUGCAUCACUUGCCUGCGAACCACAUUUGUCGCGCAGCACAUCUACAUGGGAGUUCAAUACCUACUGCAUGCAUAUCAUUUCACUGGAGACAGCGAUAGAGCUUGUCGAUCCAGAUACCUAUGCCAGACAUCGAUGUUGACCGAGUGAUGCUGCCUAGACAAUCAUGUAAGACCAAUACGGGACUUCAGCUUAUCAGCAUCACCAUCAAAAACAAGCGCAUAACGAACCUUUGCUAUAUGAUAAGCCAAUCCGGAACUUCACCCCCGCAUGCCUCGCGGACUUCCUUCUUGCCAGCCCUCCAGUAAAAAUUAUGCUUGUCUAGAGCCCUGCCAACCCACCAAUAUGGUAUCUGAUGCCAGUCCGACGUGCCAACCAGAAGUAUGAUGAUUUCCAUUCAAUCUGGUUGCAGACUGGCUGUCAUGCUACGGAAAGGCAGUCUCUACUGGUUGCUAAACAAUUCACUGCCAUGACCCAAGGCCCGCUAAACCUUAUUGGGGACAGAAAACCAGUACAUCGCACCAACAUGAAGAUGGAUGUCCCAUAGCUCAAGGAUAUAUUUUCCACGUCCUCUCAAGAUCUGAGCUGGCAAUCAUCUUCAACGCAUCUCACAAAGUCUUCAAAAAGAAAUCUUAUCUUAUCCUACCAUCCUAGUC